CCCUUUUAAGAGUAGGUAGACCAUCAAAGCAUUUUUUUUUUUGUGGCGGAAGUUGUUUCUUUGACUUGCGCACUGCGAGGGUGUUGUCUGCUACUUUUUCCAACUUUUCCAUGGCGCUGGUGGUAUCGAACGAGCACUGAGAGAGAGGGAAGAAGACCACAGGAGGAGGAGGAAGCGCAUUGAGGGGCUUCCGUGCACUGGCUUCAUUUUUUUUUUAAAGAAAGUUAAGAACUCCCAAAAGGGAGCUGGAUUUUUUCUUAAAGCACUGGCUUUACAUUUUUUAGUUUAUUAAUAUAUAUAUAUUUUUUUAAACAUGCAUUGGCUAACUCGAAUUUUAACUGCAUUGAGUUGUUUGGCUGCGUGCAGCUACGGUGCUAUGGAUGAAUGUGUGGACGACUCAAACAGACCCCAACGCUGUAUGCCGGAGUUUGUGAACGCCGCUUUCAAUGUGACUGUGGUGGCCACCAACACUUGCGGGCAACCGCAAGAAGAGUACUGCGUACAAACCGGGGUAACGGGAGUCACCAAGUCCUGCCAUGUAUGCGAUGCCAGGGACCCCCGGCUACUGCACGGCGCCGUCUACCUCACUGAUUACAACAACCAAGCCGACACCACCUGGUGGCAAAGCCAGACCAUGAUAGCUGGCAUCCAGUACCCCAAUUCAAUCAACCUAACCCUACACCUUGGCAAAGCUUUUGACAUCACAUAUGUGCGGCUCAAGUUCCACACCAGUCGACCAGAGAGUUUUGCCAUCUACAAGCGCACCAGUGAGGGUGGCCCCUGGGUGCCUUACCAGUACUACAGCGGCUCCUGUGAGAAAACUUACCAGAAACUUAACCGAGGCUUCAUCCGGACCGGUGAGGACGAACAGCAGGCGCUCUGCACUGACGAGUUCAGCGACAUCUCUCCACUCACUGGGGGGAAUGUGGCCUUCUCCACACUCGAGGGACGGCCCAGUGCCUACAACUUUGACAGCAGCCCCGUUCUACAGGAUUGGGUAACAGCCACUGAUAUUCGGGUGACCUUAAACAGGCUAAACACCUUCGGAGAUGAAGUUUUCAACGACCCCAAAGUCCUAAAAUCAUAUUACUAUGCAAUCUCUGACUUUGCAGUGGGCGGAAGGUGUAAGUGUAACGGCCACGCUAGCGACUGUGUGGAGAAUGAAUAUGCGAAGAUGGUGUGUAACUGCAAGCACAACACGUUUGGCGUGGACUGUGAGAAGUGUCUGCCUUUCUUCAACGACCGGCCAUGGAGGCGAGCCACCGCUGAGAACCCAAACGAGUGCCUGCCGUGCAACUGUAACGGCAAGUCCCGGGAGUGUUACUAUGACUCUGAGCUGUACCGCGCUACAGGGCACGGUGGACACUGCUUAACCUGUGAUGGCAACACUGAUGGCCCCAACUGCGAGCGCUGCCAAGAUAACUACUACAGACUGGGGGCCGACGGGCACUGUCUGGCCUGUAUCUGCAAUCCAGUGGGAUCCCUGAGCACUCAGUGUGAUAAUUACGGGCGCUGCAGCUGCAAACCAGGAGUGAUUGGUGACAAGUGUGAUCGCUGUCAGCCUGGAUACCACUCACUCACAGAGGCCGGGUGCAGGCCAUGCCAGUGCACCCCUGCAGGAAGCACGCAGGAGUGUGAUGUUCAGACUGGCCGCUGCCAGUGCAAAGAAAAUGUUGAGGGUUUCAACUGCGACAGGUGCAAACUUGGAUAUUUCCACCUGGACCCAGUGAACCCCCGAGGCUGCACGGCCUGCUUCUGUUUCACGCACUCUGCAGUCUGCGACAGCGGGGAUGGCUACAGCAUUAACACAAUCACCGCCACCUUUGAUAGAGAUGCUGAAGGCUGGCGGGGGGAGCAGCGUGAUGGCAAAGAGGCCCUGGUCCAGUGGUCCCCCAACAGCCGUGAGAUCUCCUUGAUAUCAGAAGAUUACUUCCCUAUCUACUUUGUUGCUCCAGAGAAGUUCCUGGGAAACCAGAUGCUGAGCUAUGGGCAGAAUAUUUCUUUCAGUUUCCGCGUGGACCGCCGUGACACACGCCUGUCUGCUGAGGACGUGGUGCUGGAGGGGGCGGGCUUGCGGGUUGCUGUGCCCCUCAUCGCCCAGGGAAAUGCCUACCCCAGUGAAAACAAGCAAACCUAUGUCUUCAGGCUGCACGAUGCCACUGACUAUCCUUGGAGGCCCAGCCUCGGUCAUGCUGAUUUCCAGAAGCUGCUUCACAACCUGACUGCAGUCAAGAUACGCGGCACUUACAGUGAGAAAAGUGCUGGUUACUUGGAUGAUGUCACAUUGACGACCGCCCGUCGUGGUCCCGGGACCCCUGCCCGCUGGGUGGAGAAGUGUACCUGCCCCACUGGUUACCUAGGCCAGUUCUGUGAGCAGUGUGCCUCUGGUUACAAGAGGACCAACCCCAGCCUUGGAUCAUUCAGCUCCUGUGAGCCCUGUAACUGCCAUGGACACAGCGAAACAUGUGACCCAGAAUCUGGCAAUUGCUACUGCAGAGAUCACACCGAUGGCCUAAACUGCGAGCGAUGCGAGGAUGGUUACUAUGGCGAUUCAACCAUUGGGAACCCUACAGAUUGCAAGCCCUGUCCCUGCCCGGGCGGAUCCAGCUGUGCUGUCGUCCCAAAGACAAAAGAGGUUGUGUGUACCAACUGCCCCACUGGCACUACAGGCAAGCGAUGUGAGCUGUGUGACGAUGGCUACUUCGGGGACCCCUUGGGUGAGAAUGGCCCUAUCCGAGCCUGUAGAGCGUGCCAGUGCAACAACAACAUCGACCCCAACGCUGUGGGCAACUGUGACCGGCAGACUGGGGAGUGCCUGAAGUGCACCUACAACACUGCCGGCUUCUACUGCGACCGCUGCAAUGACGGCUUCUUCGGCAACGCAUUGAACACCGACACUGCCGACAAGUGCAAACCGUGUGGCUGCUCUCCAUAUGGCACUGUGGACAGACAGACCACCUGCUCCCAGGUCACUGGCCAGUGCGAAUGUCUGCCUCACGUCACCAACCGAGACUGUAGUGCCUGCCAACCCGGCUUCUACAAUCUGCUCAGCGGCCAGGGCUGUGAACGAUGUGAGUGUAAUGCCAUUGGUUCCACGAACGGUCAGUGUGAUAUCCACAGUGGUCAGUGUGAGUGCCAGCCUGGGAUCACUGGUCAGCAAUGUGACCGAUGUGAGGUCAACCACUUUGGCUUCGGACCGGAAGGAUGCAAACCUUGUGACUGUGACCCAGAGGGCUCUCAAACCCUGCAGUGCAAACAGGAUGGCCGCUGUGAGUGCAGGGAAGGCUUUGUGGGAAACCGCUGUGACAUGUGUGAGGAGAACUACUUCUACAACCGCUCACGGCCUGGCUGCCAGGAGUGUCCUGCCUGCUACUCGCUGGUGAAGGAGAAGGUGAACCAGCAGAGGCAGAAGCUACGUGAGCUGGAGAACCUGAUUGAAAACCUUGGCUCCAGCCAGGAGACAGUUAGUGACAAGGCAUUCGAGGACCGGCUCAAGGACGCUGAGAAAGCCAUCAUGGACCUGCUGCAGGAUGCUCAGAACAGCAAGGAUGUAGAUAAAGGCCUUCUUGACCGUCUGGGUGAAAUCAACAACACCCUGACCACUCAGUAUGGCCGGCUGCAGAACAUUAACAGCACAGUGGCGAGCACAGGAACCCUAGCAGACAGGUCCCGAGACCGCGUGCGGGAAGCAGAGAACCUGAUUGAGAACGCCCGGCGUGAGCUGGAGAAGGCCAAGGACGCCAUCUUGAAAGUGGACAUCAAACCUCCAACCUCGACUGGGGAUCCCAACAAUAUGACCCUGUUGGCCGAGGAGGCCCGCAAGCUAGCAGACAAGCAUAAGAAGGAAGCAGAUGAAAUUGAGAAGACAGCUAAGAGUGCCAAUGACACCUCCACUGAAGCCUACAAUCUGCUACUGAAGACACUGGCUGGUGAGGGACAGACCAGCAAGGACAUUGAUGAUCUCAACAAAAAGUACAAUGAAGCGAAGAGCAUUGCCAAAGACCUAGAGAAGCAGGCCAACAAGGUCCAUGCUGAGGCAGAGGAAGCUGGAAACAAAGCAUUGCAGAUCUAUGCCAACCUGACCAGCCUGCCACCAGUGGACACUAAGGCACUUGAAAACGAGGCAAACAAGAUCAAGAAGGAAGCUGCGGAACUAGACUCCCUGAUCGACAGGAAGGCUAAGGACUAUGAAGAUCUCAGAGAUGACCUCCGAGGGAAGGAAAUGGAGGUUCAAAAGCUUCUGGACAAAGGAAAAACCGAGCAGCAGACCGCAGACCAGCUGCUUGCUCGAGCUGAUGCAGCCAAGGCCCUGGCUGAGGAGGCCGCUAAGAAAGGGAGAGCCACUUACCAGGAGGCACAGGACAUUCUCACCAACCUGAAUGAUUUUGACAGACGAGUGAAUGACAAUAAGACGGCAGCGGAGGAUGCAAUGAAAAAGAUCCCGGGGAUCAAUGCAACCAUCAUCGCAGCCAAUGAGAAGACCAAGCAGGCAGAGGCGGCACUUGGCAACGCUGGGGCAGAUGCCAAGGAGGCAAAAAAAAAGGCAGAAGAGGCAGAGAAGAUUGCCAGUGCUGUGCAGAAGAAUGCUGCAAAGACCAAGUCAGAUGCAGAGCAGACCUUUGAUAAUACGAUGAAGCUGGAUGAUGAAGUGAACAACAUGAUGGACCAGCUGAAGGCAGCUGAGGACGAUCUGGCCAAGAAGGCGGCGGAGGCUGACCAGGACAUGAUGAUGGCAGGCAUGGCCUCCCAGGCUGCCCAAGAAGCUGAAGAUAAUGCCAGAAAAGCAAAGAAUGCAGUGAAGAAUGUCUUGGGCACCAUUAAUGAUCUGCUCAAACAACUAGGGGACAUUGACAAUGUGGACCUCAACAAGCUGAAGGAGAUUGAGGAAUUGCUGGCCAAGGCCAAGAACCAAAUGAAGGACAAUGAACUGGACCGCAAGCUGGCAGAGCUGAACGGCGCUGCAAAGCAGCAAGAGGACAUGAUCAAGGAUUACGACCGGCAGAUUGGGGAGAUCAGAGCGGACAUUGAUAACCUGGAAGACAUCAAGAACACGCUACCUUCUGGCUGCUUCAACACCCCCUCCAUAGAGACACCCUAACCUACGUGCAACCCCCACUUAAACAGCCCCUCAUCUAAUAUCAGAAGUGACAAUGCCUUACUCCACCAAAAUCUUUUCUAUUUUUUUUUUUUUUUUUAAUUCAAUACAGAACACCAGCAUCUUUCGGAUGUGUUUUUUUUUUUUUUUUAUUAGUACAUUUUUUAAUACUUUGGAGAAAAGAAGAAUUUGGAUUAAAAAAAUGUAAACAGUAAGAACUGCAGCUUGAGGCGCAGAAUAGAAUUUUUUUUUUUUUUUUGGUGUCUGGUUCCAAUGGUGUGGUUGAUGAGUGACAGAUCUACAGUGCAGAACCCAGAUGUUUUUGUUUUUUUUUCCAAGGAAGGCCAUGUGGGUCUAACCAGCAGCCACUCCCUUAUUUAACCUAACAGACUUAACAGACUCUACAUGCAAGUUACCAGCUUCUCUUGGUUUCUGUUUUCAAAGUCUGUGGAAUAAAUAAGCUAUACAUGUAGGUUUGUCUCCUCUUCGAGACACAUUACAACUUGUUUAUAUAUAUAUAUAUAUAUAUAUAUAUAUAUAUAUAUAUAUAUAUAUAUAUAUAUAUAUAUAUAUAUAUAUAUAAUGUACAUACACACAUACACAAAUACAUAUUUCAGGUAUUGUGUCAGUUGCACCUAGCCUUAUUUUAUGCCUUCUCUUAUCACACAGCUAGAACUAGCAGUGAAGGAUCCUUUUUUUAUCCUUUAUCUUUACCAUAUUGAUCACUUCUUUGGUUGCUCUGUAAUUCACUCCAGGCAGUAUUCACAGUAACAAUAAUCAGCAGAUGGCAAAAGAAAAAAACAAAACUGUUAUUUUAACAAAAUCAAAAUCUGUAAUCUACUUGUGGAAGAGAGAAAUGUUGAUCCAGGGAUGGAAAUAAGGCUCCCAUUGCUUAGCAGUCUGAUCCGUUCCUGGUUUUGCUAUGAGUUUCGUAAGACACACCUGAGCUUGUUACCUGUACACUGUGGCUUAUCAAGCUCCUGGUAAAACCUGGAAUGGGUGAAACUGCUAUGUAAUAUUAGUCGUCUUUCCAUCCCUGCGUUGGUCCCAUUUUAUGCUUCCAGAGAAUCUGGAAUCUUAGUGGGAUUUAAUUUUGUUAAGUUAUUUUUUAACACUACAGUUUGUUUUUUUUUCCUGCAACUGCUGCUUUAUACAGGUGUAUUGCAAAUCAUAAAGCAGAAACAUUAACAUUUUAUUAAAGCAAAAAUAAACAUACACUAUGCAACUUUUUACAUUUGUGUUGCAAAUAUUACCUGAUACACUGGUGCUAUUAAUUAUUUCUAAUGUUAUAUUUUUGUGUGAAUGUUUUUUUUUUUUUUUUUUAUCAUGAUAUAGUGUGAGGAAAUGUUCAUUUUUAUGUGUAAAUAUAAUCUUAAAUGUUUCAGGACUGACUCUGAGAAUACCCCCUUCCUUUUUUAAGUCCUGUCCAUCAGAAACACCUCCAUCUCCCCAAAUUAUAUAUAUAUUCUGUGGUAUAAUAUGCUUGCUUGUACACGUGGCUCAGUUUUUGUUGUCUCCAUAGAUCUGCCACUUUUUAUGUAAUUUGGGUGGGAAAAAAUCGCCAAAGGACUGAAAAAAGAUUUUAGAAAUUACUUUUUUUCUUUAAAUUUAAACUUUCAGUACCCUGAGUUUUGUUUCUUAUAUUUUUGCCCCAAAUAUAAAAAAAAAAAAUUUAAGGUCUCUUAUGGCCGUAAUGUUUCCUGGCAGUUUAUAUCAAUGUCACAUCACGUGCUUGACUUUUAGGAAGUCAGUAUUGUGCCUUUUAAUAGUACAUUAAAAUACAUCUAUCACCUGUGACCUAUAUGAAAUAGCUUUCCUUAUAUUGGUAGCUUAUCUCUCUUUAAUUUGCAUUGCACAGUUAGUGCCUUAAACGUAAUCACUAAUUAUUAUUCUUUUUUUAUAUUAUAGUAAAGGAUGAAGACUUUAACUGUUAACCCCCCCCCCACCUCCUUAUGACACAAAAGACAGUUCAUGUCUAUUAAGACCUCUUUUCAUCACAUGCUUAAAGGAUACAGCCAUUUUAAAAACUGUCAUUUUAAUUGUUAUUUAUCCUUUUAGGUGAUCUGAGAUAUCUAUUGUAGUAGAAUAAAAUAAAAAUCGCCCCCACCCCACCCCCAGCACCACCACAGCAGAAUUUAUUCAUGUGCCUUUUUUAUACCUUCAGUCUUAGUCAUACUGUUAAAGAAAGAUGUGCAACACUUAUACAGUUUUAUGUAUAAAACAGUACUUCUUAUUUAUAAAGUCUGAAUAUUUGUAAUCUCUUCCUUUUUUUUCCCUUAAUUGCAUUUUUUUUGUGUGUGUUGCACAAUUUUCUUGUAAUGGUGUGGCUUUGGAGUUCACUGCUUUUUUAUUUUUGUUUCUGUUCUACAGAACACCUUUUUAAAUCUAAUGCAGUGGCUUUUUAAAGGCCUAAUAAACUCCUGUCCUUUUACCAUUUUUGCCUGUAAAUCAAAUUGUAGCAUUUAAAAUAAAUAAUGAUGUGGUAUUACAGGAA